AUGCCAGAGCAAAGUUCGAAUCCACUACAACAUCCAGACUCUGUUCUACCGAACGAGAGUCCAUAUCAUUCGAGUAUUAUGGGUCGUGUGGACUACGAAUUGGUGUACCUGCCUACGGGCUAUAAGCUACUUUUUGUCGGUACACUGGCAAUUGUGAUAUUAGGAGUGGUAUGGACGCUCAUGGUUUGGGCGGUUAACAUGAGAAUGGGCAUGAGGAGUGAAAUGAAAGAGGGAAAACGAGUGAGGAACAUGAGAGCAAAGCGUAUGGGUGAAGAGAGGAGACCGAUUGACAAAGUGAGCAAGUACGCGCAUCGACAUGGCAACGAAAGCGAGGUAUGGGUCGACAAAGCGACGAACAUGGAUAUGGACAGUGAUGACGCUGUUACAUCAGCGGCCCAGAUUCCGUUUUCGUAUCUGGGAAACAACGCGCACGUUGGCGAGGACAUCGAGAUCAAGUACAGGCCACGAUGCAAGACGCAUCAGCCCAACCGUCCGCGAAGCCGACCACUCCACACCAAUGCUCAAAGUCGCACAUCCACGGCUCCAUCACCAGUGAACCCUUUCCUCGACCCGCCUCCCAACCGCCUCCUCCAACCCGAUACAGGCGCCGCACUAGUAAAGCGAACUUCCUUGGAAUGGCAGACCGGACGAGCAGCCUUCUUCUCUUCCCAGAAUAGGACUUCAACCCCGGUAUCGAGACCGGUAUCUCCGGUACCGAGCCAUGUCAACAACAAGAGCAACGAGCCGUUUGAGCUCAAUGUCUCCGAUAUGGAGGCUUUGGAGGCUGGCACUGUACCUCUUACCGGUCGCAAACACAUUAGUUCUUGUUCGAGUUCGUCGUCACCUGGAAGUGGGAGUGGUGGGGCCAGCGACGGUUUUGGUCUGAUUAGAAAGAGUAGGAGCUGGGUCGAUCAGGGUGUCGGGUUUGUAGACGGCGCCGUUGAUGCUUUUGCUGCGAAGUUGGGGAGAUGGACAGAUGAUGAUGGCGGGAAUGAGGCGUUGUUAUUGCCGGUUGCGAGACAGGGGAGGGGGGAGGGUGUUCGUGUUGGCUAG